AUGAAGCGUCUGCGAGGUGUCCUUCGGCUUUUUAUUCGGUUCUUAGCCGCUCAUGUGCUGGCAGCAUGUGUCGUUAGACCCGUACUGCGCUGUGCUUGUUCCUACGAUACUGCCACCUGCCAUCGUGGAGGAACAACGAUUUUUGUACCCAUAUCGGCUGCAACUCGAACCGCCGAGUUUAGAUGUGGCUUCGGGGUGCCUCGACUGGAACCCUCUGUUGAGUCGCAGCAUGUAUUCAGUAGCAGGGAGUGUAACACUACUGUUUCGCUCGAAAGUCAGCUUCCCGGUGCGUCGUUAGUGGCCGCUGGACGUGAUGGCGGCCCAUCUUAUAUUUUGAAACUCAAAGAAUGGCCAACGGCAGAAGCACCAGAAGCAGCAUAUUACCAGUGUGCCCCUCUGGGUACAGAUGGACCCACGUGUAAGGUCAUGGUCGGUAUCAAUCGACCCACCAGUCAGAGUUCGAAAAAAUCCAACCAACCCACUGCACAACUUCAUCAGGCCGGUAAAGCUAUCCCGACUUGCUCCGAAAGCGGGACUUCUGUUUCGGUGCAUGUUUCAUCGAGGACAAGAAGAGGUUAUUUUAGGUGUGGAACAGAACUGCCACUCCUCGAUCCACCCGUUUCUGAGGAGCUUGCUUAUACAACCCGGUCGUGUAGGGCAGCUGCACCUCUUGCUGCACAGGUGCCAACAAUGGCUUGUGCAUACAAUCAACCUCAAAACCUAUACAUUCUGACCUUGAAACAACUGCCGGCUGAGGAACACAAAACUGUGUAUUACAAAUGUGUAGAUCCUGGCAGCUCAGCUGCGUGCAAAGUCAUCGUUCAUGUCCCACCCAGUGCGCCUGAUCCUCAGAGUCCUAGGGCGCACCUCCCAUCCAGUACUGGUGUCUGCACUGAGAGUGGAACGACAAUUAGAGUUGACGUGUCGAGCAGGACAAAACGAGCACAGUUCGGAUGCGGAGGAGGAAUGUUUUUGCUUGACCCUCCCUUUCUGUCCGGUAACCUUUACACGACUCGAUCGUGCUCCAAGCCCAUGCCUCUCCGGACUCAGGUCUCUGGAUAUUUGCUCAUGUCACCGUCUGGUGGCAGUUUUUAUACUUUGGCACUAAAGAGUCUACCGGUGGACCGCCCAAGAACGCUAUAUUAUCGGUGUAUGUCUCCAGGGCGGGGCGAAAGCUGUAAGAUUGCGAUUAAUGUUCCUCCAGAUCCAACAGCAAACCAAAAUGUAGUUCAGUACCGAGGAGUCCCCGUUUGCUCGGACAAUGGUUCGACAAUAAUAGCCCCUGUCUCGCCACAGACGAAAACUGCACAAUUCAAGUGCGGGCCGGCAUUUUUCGAGCUGUAUCCUCCAGUCGCCUCGGGGAAAGCAUACCCUAGCCGGGCUUGUGUGACGCCUGCACCUCUUGGUGAUAUUGUGAAUGGAUCCUUGAGCGAAUCUGCAGGCGGUCACAAUCUGUAUACGUUCCGAGUAGACGACUUACCCGCAAGAGAAUCAAAAGACGUGUAUUUCAAGUGCAUGGCCCCCGACAGAAGCGGCUCGUGCAAGGUACACAUAAAGAUACCUCGACGUUACAGUUCUGCGAAACCAUUGGAGCCACCAAACAUUCACGUCUGCUAUCCGGGGCCAGAUGCUUCCCUACACAUUCGUACGCCAGCAUAUAGUUCUUUUUACGUCAGGUGUGCGGCGGGUCUGACCCAUUUUCCAUCUGAAGAGACAGAAGUAUACGACAAUCGGGACGGAGCCUGCAGCACCUCAGUCUCGCUAGAUCGCCUUGUGAAGGGUGCGGAGCUCAUUAGGGUGCCACAAGUGAGGAGCACUGGGAGCACCUACCUAUUUUCUGUUGAGCGACUGCCAGAGGAACAAAAUAAGCUAUGUUAUCUUUGUGCACCGAAUUCGAAUCUGCGGACAGAAGCCUGUCGCAUACUGAUCACCGUGCCGUCGAGAAACCACUCCCAUGGGAGAGCUCUGGAGCCAACCACAACGCCGAGUUCCCAGGCGUCACUGAAGAGGAUUGACAGCGUUAGCAUCAUGGCCCUCUUGAGUAUGAGUGUUUUCACCUUUUAA